AUGGACCCCGCCAUCCUCAGGAACCUCAAUGACAAGAUAUACGACCGUCGCAAGGCAGCAGCCCUCGAGCUGGAGAAGCAGGUCCUGGCAUCCGAUUCUCCAAAGAUUUCUGCAAUCAUCGACCAGCUAUGCGGAAUGCUCGGGUCCAGUAACUCGGCCCUCCACACGCGCAAUGGUGGUCUCAUUGGUCUUGCCGCCACGGCCAUAGCACUGGGGCAGGACGUUGCGCCCUACUUGGGAAGGAUAAUACCGCCGGUACUAGCAUGCUUCCAGGACCCCGAAAGCAGGUUACGGUACCAUGCCUGUGAGAGUCUGUACAACAUAGCCAAGGUCAGCAAAGGCGAAAUCCUCGUCCAUUUCAACGAGAUCUUUGAUGCGCUCUCCAAGCUUUCCUCCGACUCGGAGAUGUCUGUCAAGAAUGGUGCAGAGCUCCUUGACAGGCUCAUGAAGGACAUUGUCGCCGAAGCGGCCCCGAGCUACGUCUCUAUCUAUCCCGAUAACCGCAACCCGAACCUACCCCCGCAUUCUCCUCUGAGAGAAGGGGCAAAGUUUGGGCUAGGAUUGCUCCCCGAAGACGGUGAAGGGAGCCAUGAUGGCGAUCAAGAAGCGUAUGAAGAUAAACGCGCGUUCUCGCUCGAGCGGUUCAUUCCCCUUCUGUCCGAAAGGAUAUACGUCGUAUCGCCAUUCACGAGGAUGCACCUCGUCUCUUGGCUGAUUGUCCUCGACUCGAUCCCCGACCUCGAGCUCGUUGCGUGGUUGCCAGAAUUCCUCGAUGGACUUUUGAAAUACCUUGCAGACGGCAACGUCGACGUUCGUCUAGCCGCCGAAAACGUCCUUGCCGAGUUUCUUCGCGAAAUCAAAUACAUUGCGCAGAUCGCUGAAAAGCAAGCCGUACACGAGCGCACCGCACCCAACCACAAAGCUCAUCGCCGGUAUAGUGGUAUCCGCAACGAGUCUGUGAUUGAAACGGACGAUGAAGAAGGGGAGAGUGUGACUACAGAGUCUCGGAUAGAUGGCGACGAGGAGGAUAGGGACUGGGAAGGCGAGGGCUCGGGAGCUUGGGUGCCGGGUCAGGGGGUGUUUGUCGAUCAUGCGGCGAUCAUGGAGAUCAUGAUUCACAACUUGACAUAUGACGGAAAAGACGAGCUGGUCCAGUCGACAGCAAUGGAAUGGAUAUUGACCUUUUUGGAAUUCGCCCAGAGCACGGUGGUGGCCUUUACCCCUCGAAUCAUCCCCGCCAUCCUUCCCAACCUUGCGUCACCCCACUCCCAAAUCAAACUAGCCGCACAUGACACGAAUUCCAGUCUCUACCACGUCAUCCAAUCUAUACCCCUCCAGGUCCAACACCCCGAAAAACCAGCUCCCACUAACCCGCCCACCUCUGCAUCCAUUCCCCUUCUCGCAGGCUCUCCGCCUUCAUCGCUGACCAUCCCCGGCGGGCUACCCACGGCUGGGAUUGGCAAGAAGGAUUUUGCGUUGAUGGAAGCACCAGAGAUUGUAAGGUCGCCCGCGGCGUUGACUGUGAACGAUCCUCUGGAUGCUGCUGGGGCGCCACCCGCGCCGCCUCCCACGGCUACGGGAAAGAACAACAUGUCGCACAGCCUUUCAGCUACCAAUCUGGGACAUAAAGCGAGGCAGUCAGUCUCGGCACAUGGCUCGGAGCCGCCGACGCCUGCUGUGGCUGAAAACCCGUCUCUCGCGCCCAUUCCCGGAGCCCCUCCCCUCCCUGCCUCCCGCAUGACCAAAUCCCGCCCCGAGUCGCCCCCUUCCGCUCCUCCGCCAAAUCAACAACCCCUCGCUCUGCCCCCUCCACCGUUGGCUUCCAACACGCCUAUGUCACCUACUUUGAGCCAGCAAGGUGAUGGCGGGGCCGAGAAGACGGUAGACGUGGACCCGUUUGAUGUACGGGAGACGGUGAAUGUGUUGACGUUGCAGUUUCUGAGCGAUCAUGCCGAGACGAGGAUUGCGGCGUUAGAGUGGCUGUUGAUGUUGCAUCUCAAGGCACCGGACAAGAUCCUUUCGAGAGAUAGUGGAACAUUCCCAGCGCUACUAAAAACCCUUUCCGACCCAUCAGAAGACGUUGUCAAACACGACCUGCAACUCCUUGCCCAGAUAUCCUCCUCCUCUGAAGACUCUUAUUUCACCUCCUUCAUGGUCAAAGUUCUCGAGCUGUUCAGCACGGAUAGAAGAUUGUUGGAGACGAGGGGAAGUCUGAUCAUCAGACAGCUGUGUUUGCACCUGAAUGCGGAGAGGAUCUUUAGGGCGAUUGCGGAUAUCCUGGAGAAGGAUGAUGACUUGGAGUUUGCAAGUAUGAUGGUAGUCAAGCUCAACAUGAUCUUGAUCACCUCUCCGGAACUGAACGACUUUAGAAGACGGCUCAAAAACCUCGACUCUAGAGAUGGGCAAAUGCUCUUUUCGUCUCUAUACAGGUCUUGGUGCCACAACGCUGUCGCAGCCUUCUCACUUUGUCUCUUGGCUCAGGCGUAUGAGCAUGCUUCAAACUUGCUCCAAAUCUUCGCCGACCUGGAGUUGACAGUACCAUUGCUGGUCCAAAUCGACAAGCUGGUCAUGCUGCUCGAAUCACCGGUGUUUACCUACCUCCGACUGCAACUAUUGGAACCCGACAAAUACCCAUGGCUACCCAAAUGUCUCUUUGGUCUUCUCAUGAUUCUUCCACAAAGCACUGCAUUCAUCUCGCUCCGAGCAAGACUGCAGGUAGUGCAUUCCUCGGGCUAUGUGCCGACUACCAUCAAACCAUCCACCUCGUCCACAUUUGGCACUGCGAGGUCAAAGAUCGGAAAGGAAGAGAUCAAAUGGCAGGAGCUCUUGUCGCACUUCCGAAAUGUCCAGAACCGCCAUGAAAAGGCACGACGGCAGCUACACUCGACAGACAUCGGCCCCGCCACCGCUUCCGUGCAUUUCUCUUCCCCGUCUCAGACAUAUCCAACCUCUGGGCCUGGUACAGCGACCCUGUCCUCCAUGGCGGGUGGCAAAGCGGGCACAGCCAAGAAGAAGGGCACUCUUGCAUCAAACACCACUUCCCGACAAGGCAGUGGGGACGUGCCUCUGGCAGCGAGAAGAGGCGGGGGGAGUGGGAGUGGGAUAGUGAGCAUAGGUGGCGCGGUGGCUAGUAUGAACCCGGCGCAGAACUUUGGGGUACGGCCGAGUAGUCCGGGGCGGAGGAGGAUCUUGGGAGGAUUGAGGAAGAGCGGAGGGAGGGAUUGA